UACUGCCCGUCCUGAGCCUCGCCAAAUCGUGUGUGGAACCGUCUCUGCGUCUCCGUCCUCCUCGAGCUGGUGUUCCGGACUCCUCCCGAUUCCUCGCUUCCCCGGUCACAUGUUCUCUUCUGCUAUGCAUUGCAGGCCCGUGUCCGUCGCUCCCCUGACUUUCGUUUCAAGUUCACUAUCGCCGCUCAUUUAGAGUUCUUACAUAUCCGAAAAAGGUGAUGCCUCUGUGCGCGUGCCAAUCCUAGCUCCAGUCUCCACUUCCGGCUUUUCGAAUUUCGCUCUCGAAUUUUCGUGCGUACUUUUGGAAUUCGUUCCCCUGGCAGUUCUCGAUUUAACCGGUGUGCUUGAAGUUCUCAAAAAUUAUAUGAUUUUCAAGUUCGUCUGUUCAUGUUCUAGAUUCUUGGAUUCUCACAACAGCUUUCAUCUUCAACAGCAAGAAUAAUUAUUUCCGUACAUUCAUCUACUUAAAUAGAUGUUUCAAGCAGCUUAGAAAGUGAUCCCGGCAGUCGAAAAAUUAAACGGAAAUUGGAACUGGACAACGCUGCCGCACUAUGCGAACAUCCUCGAAGAGGCUAUCCUUGACUGUUUCACUAGCUCUGAUAUGCAGCGCACUCACUUUCCCCACCACAGCCGCUCCGGUGCAAGAUGAAGCAGGAACCCAAGAUGUUGACUACGUCACUGAUGAAGCGGGAUGCUAUUACAACUUCCAACAUUACGCGGAGGGUGACCGAAUCGUAACAAACGAGCCAUGUCUGAACUGCACGUGCCAUAACCGUAUGCUGAUGUGUUACCUCCGUGUUUGCCCCUUCACGAAAGCAAUCGGUCAAGACUGUACUGUUGAAAAACACCCGGAACAGUGUUGUCCUGUCAUCUCAUGUCCAGAGGUGCCUGUAAAACUAUUGACUUCGACGACGGAGCAGCCUUCCACAACAACGGCGAUUGGAGGGCAUGAUAAUUACGGAUGCACAAUUAGGAAUUCAUUUUUUGCCGAUGGAGUGCAGGUACCCUCGGAUCCUAAAAAACCAUGUGAAUUGUGUUACUGUAUUCGCAAUCGGACUGCUUGCGUUAUGCAAGAAUGCACACUCCAUGUUGAGGGGUGCCGACCUGUUUACCAACCUGGAAUUUGCUGUCCAGUAAAAUAUGAAUGUGAUUACGAGGAUAAAGAAAGUAGUUCUGCAUCAUAUCCUUUCAAUGGCACCUCGCUGCAAACAACAGCUGGUCCGAGUUUGGACUGCAAAUAUGGAGAUGACGUCUUUGCUGAUGGCGAAAGCAUCGCAACCGAUAAACCCUGUGAGCACUGUUAUUGUAUGCGAGGUGAUAUUGUUUGUGCUGUUCAGGACUGUGGUGAGCCACUUCGAGGUAAAGACUGCACGCCUUUGCCGGUCCCACCAGGUCAAUGUUGUCCAGCAUCCUACACGUGCGCCAAUGAGACCAUUUACCAAGAUCCUGAUCAAUCUAACGACAUAAUCAAUCAAGUUCAGGGUAUCAUAAACAGUAUGAAAGAUGAUACAAGGCCGGAUAUUCUGGAAAGCACCGCCGACAUCAUUAAUCCCGAGGAAGUUAUGGCACCUAGCAUAAUUCCAUCACAUGAUUCGGAAAUUGAGAAUCACGAAACAUUGGAAGUGAGACCUGAAGUUUUGCAUGACUACACUGAAAACGAAGGAAAUAACGAUUCAAAGCAGCCAUCUACAGAAUCAGAUGCUUUGAAGCCAGAGCCACCUACUAGCGUGUUCAUGGACGACGAUAAAUCGCAGAUCAACCCGACUACAAAACCUGUAAUUGAAGUGGAUUUGUCAACAAGUACUGAUAAAAGUCAACCUCAAGAGGAUGAUACAAAAGUCUCAAACGCCCCCGUCCUAUCUGAAAUAACAUCUUCUCCUGCCUCAGAUUCAGAGAUCUCUCAAAGCCCUGCCUCAGAAGUUUCAGGAGAUGAGUUAUACCAAAAACCCGAGGAAAACACCUCAACUCAUACAGAAUCUAACUCUGCGCCGGCUGUUGAUGUCGCACAUUCGCCUGAAGAGAAUCUGGAUAAGCCCUCCUCCCAAGAUGUAGUUGUUCAUUCCACAGAAAUAAAUCAUGAAGACUCUCACGUUGUGCACAGUGAUUCUAAUGCGCCAUUAUUAACACAGACUUUUGCAGAACUCGAUGCUACGGAAUCUGCGAUCAACAAUAUAAAUCCUCAAAAGGAAGAUGAGUCGGCAACCCAAGUUUCUGUGCCUGAAAAACAAAUAGAAUCGAUGGACAAAGAGUCUACGCCAGAGAAAUUACCGGAAAAUGAAAUAAAUCCUUCAACCAUCGCCUCAGACUCUACAGCAGGUGGCUCUUUAAAACCUGACAACACUGUCCGCGAUCCCUCACCGGAUGGAGGAGCAGAAAGUAGUGCUCAGGAAAGUGGAGCAACAGGGAAUUCCGGUAAUAAUAUUGAAAUAAAUUUCACACAUCCUACAGCUCAAGAUAAAAUUGUCACAAUAUCUACCUCAGUUAAGACCCCAAGUGCAGAAAAUUACCUUAAACCCAACGACAUUUACCAGGACGAAGUUCAUCAAGAUUUUCUUAACCACGAUGACGAAGAGUUAGCUGCAUUGAAACCAACUGAAAAUGUGGAGCAAGAUGAAAAAGUUCCGGAUACAGACAUUGCAGACCCUGAAAGCAACCGAGUACCAGGAGAAGGAGACUGUUUGAUAGAUGGAAAAACAUACAAAAAUACGACAAUAAUUCCGACAUCCAACCCUUGCCAUGUGAAGUGCGAAUGCAUCAGUAGCAUACCCGCGUGCUCGCUAGUAAGCUGUCCUCCUCCACCUCCUCAACAUCAAAAUUGCGAGCCAAUCCAACCUGGGAGGGACACUUGCUGCCCCACUUACGCAUGUGCAGCUGAACAAGAUAGUCCCAGUCUUGAAGCCGAAAAUCAAGUUAUAUCUGCUUCUCAACCUGCAUUGGAUGCUGCAAACCACACAGUCACUUCAAACGUACCUACAUUAACUGACGAAUCUGGACCAUCACAUCCUUCGGCAUCUAUUGAAGGUUCUGAUCAUGGAGGCUCUGAUAUUAUACCAUCUGUGCAUACGCCUGGAGGCCAGGUCGCUUCAGAUUUUACAAUUAAAAAUCCAGAGUACGACCAGACAACAUAUUUUGAGUACAUCGAAACAACUGUUCAGCCUGCUUCUCAAGCAGCUGAUGUUUCAGGUUCAUCAGAUAUUGGACAAAAUCAACCCCACGAUGCUGAAGUAAUUACGGUAAUAAACAGCACACAAGAUGAAACUUCGCCUCCAAGUGGUGAAGUUCAAUAUGAAUCCCCGUUCCCAGAUCCUCCAAUUGAGGAAGUAUCUUCAGUCCAAGCAGGUUCAGAUGCAAUGCAAACUUCACAAAACGAUGCAGAAGAGACGGUCCAUCUUCAGGAAACCACAGUUGCGAAUGUUGGAAAUGUAAUAACGGAGGAAGUUUUGGAAUCCUCCGAUGCCACAGAAAAACCGUUUAAAGAGGAUGAACCAAUCUCAACUGGUAACCAAGCCGAGGUCACGUCACAUGUUGAAGAGAAUGUAGCUUCUUCAUUUGCCACUCCAGAAGUUAUCCAUGACUACUCUGAUACCUCAUCUAACUCUGAAAAGGAACCGGAGUCAGUGAACGUAGAUAAUAAUCAACAACCCUCUUAUGACACGCAGUCACCCAGUGAAUCUGUAACGACGCAGUCAAGUAUCCUUCUCACUGAAAUUUCUGAAUCAGCACAUCUACCCGAACAAGAUAUUGCGCAAGUCCCAAAUACGCCAACCAAAGACGUUCAAACCAAUGACCAGAAGCCAACAGGUACAACAGAAGCUGCUGAGACUCAAACUGAAGUAGUGACAGAGUUGGAGUCUGGAGAUGUGUAUAUACCUGAACAACAAGUGGGUGCUUUAACAGACGAAACUGUGAACACUUCUGGUGGUGAAAAUGCCGAAAAUGGCAAUCUGAUUCCCCCAACGGGACAAGCCGAUUCUCAGCCCUCCGUCAGCGUUGAGACUGCACCAAGUCAUUCAGCUGUUCCUCCUGAAGCUAUUCUUCUUCCAAUCCAUCAGGAUGAUGUUGAAUCACAUACAGAGUAUGUCGAAAGUCCAUCUCAUAUUUCAGAUCUUGGAUCUAAAAUUCCUGCGGAGACUGCGACCGAAGCAGUCUAUACAACAAAUCAACCUCAUGAUCAGUCUAACGUUGUAGUUGCUCAGGACCAAUCUGAACUUGCGUAUGAUUCUGAGGCAACCCAAGCCGAUCCAAACCAAACUUCUGUUCCUUCCUUACAACAAGCAGCCUCUUCACAUGAUGUUAACCACGAAGGCUCAACUCAAGCAUCACCAAUGAGUGAAAUCAUUUUCCACGAUGAUAAAGAAAAUGUGUUAAAACCAGAAAGUGACUCGUCAAUUUAUAUACCAUCAAAUUUCCAAGGAAGUGAAAAUAGCAUUUCCGGAGCAAAUCCAGUUUCACAAUCAAAUGCACAAGAAAAUAACGAGAUCCACUCCUCGCCGAAUGCUGACUCAUCUGACAGCCAAACAACCGUAACUCAAACUCUGUCACCUGAAAGUUCUCAAGAUCACUUGCUUUCCGAUGGAAACAAUGAAACUUCGGAUAAAAAAACACCUUCAGAAACUAACUCUUCAGACCAACAUGAAAUUAACGAACAACAUCCACCGAUGAUAAAUGAAGCUGUGAUUGCGGGUGAUGAUGUUCCCUCUUACCCCUCAAAACCUUUGCUUGAUACACAGUUACACUCAGAGUCAAGUAAUCCUAUCACAAGCGGAAUAAAUGAGGAAAAUGUGGCCCAUGACACAAGUUCAGGGAUUGACCAACCAUAUUCACAACCAUCAACUGAGGAGCCAAACAAACCAUCGGUUGAGUCAGAUUCCUAUGAUAUUGGUUCAGAAACAGAAUCUACUGUUGCUCCUUUAGGCGUGCCCGGUGAAAAUGUGGCUGGUGCCAGUGGCAAGCCGGUCCCAGUGAAAGACGAAGAAGUCAUUGAAGGUGAAUCGGUGGCAACUUUGCACGAACCCACGGCUGCACCUGAAAUGAGUCAUUCGUCGAAACCAGAAAUUUUACAUCAAGAAUCUAACGAUGAAGUGAUUUCACAAUCGCAAUCUACAGAUGCACCAAUAAAUGAUCAAAGGACCACUGUCAUGCCAGUAGUUGAAGAUAUGCCAUCGGGAGUCACGGAUGAAAUUGAAACAAAUAAUGGAGCCUCGCCAAAUUCCGCACAGCCUAUUAAUGAAAACGCACAAGAGUUGUAUGAUCAGACAACAAACAUAGGAGUUGUCGAGUCGGACAAAAUACAAGAGGCAAUUUCACCACCUCAAGAGUCAUCAGCAGAUUCAGUAGAGCCACAAGAAAAUGUAACGCCGUCUAAUGCAAAUGACGCCUCAGAUUCUACGGAAGCACCAUCCCAAACGAUCAAUGAUGUUCCGUCUAUGCAACAGGGUGAAGUUUUGCAAACCGUCGACAAAAAUUCUGAAAAUUCUUCUGAAACACCAAUUGUAGCUGAUGGUAUGCCGUCAUCUCCUACAAAUGAAGAAAUUAAACCCUAUUUGACUGAGAGUGAUCCCGUGACCCACGGAACACUCAUUAGUUCAGAGACGCUUGGAAUAAACGUUGAUGAAAAUAUUUCGCAAUCAACCGAAAAAGCUCCAAGUCAGGAUAGUAUUCCUUCUACAUCGCAAGAAGGUGCCGAAGCACAAUUUUUAGGAACUGUUGAAUCUAGUUCUAUCAAUUCCGUACACUUUUCGGAGAUUACUCCUGAAAACGAUGAACAUAAUGUAGAGAUCAAACCUCCUGCUGAUGAAAUUCUUUCUCAAACAGUAACUGAGAUGACAAAUAACGUAGAAAUUCCGGUAGACAGUCUAAUUAAUCAAGAGCAAAUCAAUGUAAUAUCUAGUCAAAACAACAUAAAUGAUCAGGCAAACUUAGAUAAAACGGAACAAUCAUUGCCUCACUCCAGUGAGCCUUCUCUAAUUAUACAACACUCUCCUGAGGAGCCAACAGAAGCUCCACUCUCAUCUAAUUCGCAGUCUCCCUCUGUUGAUCCCUCUGAUCCAAGUGCAUCAUUUGAAACUGGUGCCUUCAACCAAGACAACAUAGGGUACAGUUCUGAAAAUCCUGCCGUUGUCACAGAAAUUUCAUUUGAACAUGGUUCAAAGAAAAAUAUAAGUAGUGUCUUCCCCCACGAUUCUGACUUCCUUCCAUCAAUUUCAACAGAAUCUACCCCAUUGAUUGGGUCAGAAUCUGUUUCUCCUCAAGGACAAGUAGGAAAUACGGAAGAAGCACUCAAACCAUCUGAUCCUAUUAUACCAGAAGGUACCUUCUCUGAAACUCCUACAAAAAAACCUGUUCAUAUGCCUAGUCAAGCUGAUUUAUUGACUUCUAUUAUUCAAGGACAUUUAGAAGAUCAAAACAAACCCAUCAGUGGCUUUGGAUCGAACAUUGAUGCUCAACUCUCGGAUUUAUUAAAUAAAGUUUCCACUCCUGUCCCAAUAUCGUCGGCAUCAAGCAGUACUGCUCACGAUACUAUUUUACAGUCAUCCUGGACACCAAAACCAAUGCCACCUCAAUCUGAAGAGUCCUCUCAUCGACCUGGCGAGGAAGAAUCAUUUCCAACCGAUACAGAAUAUGAGGAGGAUGAAGAGGGUUCCUUCGGACCAGGAACAUGUAAAUACCUGGGGAAAUUGUACGUUUCAGCACAACAAAUCCCAAGAGAUGAUCCGUGUGAUUUUUGUUUUUGCUUCCGAAGCGACAUUAUCUGCUUACAACAGAGCUGUCCCCCACCGAUAUUCGGAUGCCGCCAAGAAUCUAUCCAAGGUUUUUGCUGCCCGCGAUACGAAUGUCCCGUUUCCAAAGCUCUAGUAUUUAACUCUUCCAGCACCUCAACAACUACCACCACUUUACCACCACAUUUUCACAGUUUGUCUCCACACGGAGAAAACUUAGUGAGAUCUGGAUGCUCCCUUCAAGACCACGCAUAUAAAGUGGGAGAAAUAAUCAGAGAAGCAUCGGGUCCCUGCAGACAGUGCAUAUGCGGUGCGGAUGGUCACAUGAAGUGUGAUCCCAAAACGUGCAGCCCGGGGCCAAUGCUCCAAAAAAUUAUGGAAGAAGUCGCAAGUCGAAGGAGAUGAGCUAUGUAAAUGAUACUUAUAGCGUGUAGAAAUGAAACAGUACAUAUAUGUAAAAUAGACACAGAAACAUCCUGGAACAGGCUGUAAACAAUAAAACUUGCUUACAGCCUCCUCCACGCUGUUUUGUGUUAGUUUUAUUUACAUAUUGAGCUGCCUAUUUUUGCUGGCAGAUUAUAUAUAAACACUUAGUUCAACAGGUGCCAAAAUGAAACUGAAUAUGUAUGAUUUUUUAGUUGUUUUCUAUAUGUGUACUCUUUCAUACAUGUUUUGCAGUUUCGAAGAAUGUUCAGAAUUAUGACUAGGGUUUAAAUAACAACUAUUUGCGCCUUUUGACUAAGAAUAAUUUACCGGUCUGACUUUCAAUCGGUUUAUCAAAACUUUAUAGAGAAGUUAAGAGAAUCAAAUACACCUCGCUCAGUCUUGAUAUACCCACCAGAAAAAGGUCUCACUGGGUGUCUUGCAUUUCAAAUUGCAUAUUCAUUAGCAAGAAAUAAAACGUAGAUGGGUGAAAAAUUUAAAAAAUGAAGAGGAACGAUACAAUAUUGUCGAGGAAGAAACAUGAAUAAGAGAUACCAAUUAUUUGAGGUGAAUAAAGAAAAAGUAGGUACCUACGUAAAUUUUAAUAGAAGUAGGCUAUAAGCCCAAUAGACCUGAAACGUGAUUCUGAACGUUCUAGUUACACGAAAUCUGAAAAAAAAAUUGAUACAGAAUUUUGUGAACCAAAUCUGUAUUAGUGAUGCAUACUGUUCCAUACUGAGGAUAAACAGUGUUGUUAUGAAAUUUGUACUCAAGUAUUACUUGAACAUGUAGUAAAUUAUGUACUGACUUUUGCCUAUAUUGUAGAUUGUACAUUUGUUCUAUUUAUUAGUUCUUUCUUUGAUCACCAUUUCAACACAUAUUCAUAAUACCUCAAUCAUUUAGGUACAUACGUGCGUACAGAUAAAAAACAAUGUUAGUGCGGUUAUUAGAUAAUGACUGUGUAUGAUCCCCAGUAAAUUCAUUAAUCAGUAGUAGAUUUGUAUCAGUGAUAAUCAGGCAUUGGGUUCAUAGGCUACACUUUAAGUACUGUCAGUAAUUUAUCAGUGGUUACUGCACUUCCUGAUGGCUGUAUCUAAUCAGAAAUCAAGCUCACUAACAUUCUUUUUUAUCCGUUUGCAGCAAUAGUUUUUUGAACUGUUGAUCAGGGAAAGGACGUGUAGAAAAUUUUAGUGAGGAGUCACUAUUUUCUAAAUAUAUAUAUACAUAUAUAUAAAUUGUAUAAUAUGCAUCGUGCAGAAUCGAGGUAUCACGUACUUGCAUAACUUUGUAACGACUUUUGGCUCCCAGUGAGAUUCCACCACUCGGGAGGUCACACUUUAUAUCCUAGAAAAUAAUCCGUUCGUGCAAAAGCUCAACAAUUUUAUUCGAGAGAGCUCAGUUCAAGAAUCACAUCCAAAUAUCAAAAGAUUGUUAGAGAGGUUGAUUUUUCAUGAGCUUCCGGGUGGAAUCUCGCAUUGUUUGCUUUAAAAAUGUCCCACCUCGCAUGUGAUAGUGCCAUUAUUUUUUUUUCUCUCUCUAUAGAACUCGUAACUGUUUUUCUCUCCAUUGAUGGGAUUUACUAAAAAAACCGGAGGAGCUAUUAAAAUUUCAGAUUGACUUCUUUGAUGAUAAAUAAAAAAACGGGCCAAAUUUUCGAAAGGUUUGGGAGGAGAACCUUUCUCGUUGACUUUGUCGGUCGUACUGGCAAUAUAACUGUCCACUCACAAAAAUGUUUCGAACAAAGCCGGAAUAAGUAGUGUUUCAAGAUAAUGAAUCGGCAGAUUCAACCGUGCAAAACUCAGCGUCAAUGCAGUUUAAAAUGUGCAGCGCGUUUUUAAAUCCAAAAAAGGCUGUAUGUUUAAUUUGACAAAAGGAAAGUUCAAUCGGGAAGAAUGACCUCAUGAAGCUUCCACGCACUAUUAGCCUCCUUAUUAUGAAGAACUCCUCUGUGGGUGACAUAUUUUCACUUUUGCAAGUGAUUCACCUUUUCAGAGUUGCACAUAAGGUGAAAAGCAGGGGUCUCGCUUAUCCUGGAUUUUUUCACCCUCUACCUUAAAGUUAUUUACAAGAUAAUGUUUUACCCGACUUCAGCGAGAAACGAUCACGGAUUUAAGAAAAAAGGUGUAAUGUCAUUUCAGCAUCCUUUUCAUAAUGAUACCUCUCGCAGAAACUUUUAAUCGACAAGAACGAGGUUCUUAAGAAGUUCAUUUCUUUGGAAGAUCUCAUAACUUUACUUUAUUUUUUAAUUUAAGUGCAGGAAUUGGAUCUCCUUUUUUAAAAAUUCCUCUUCCUCCACAAAAUAUUUAUGUCUGAUCUAUUUUUCCUUCAAUUUUCACAUUUCACUUUACUACUUCCUUUCAAUACAGUAAUGUAAAUCCAUAAACUGAAAUUGAACAUGAGAAUUUGGAGACAAAUGUUUGUGGUGUAAAAAAUUAUAAUAUAAUAGGGCAUGAAAGAUAUUUUUUGAAAUCCUCAUCAAUCCUCAUACAGCUGAAAACCAUGUAUCUAUAUCGAUUUUACUGAGAAGCUGAGUAAAGAAUAGUGUAAAUCUGUUUUAUUUAACAAAACAAUCGCAACGAGCAAAUGUUGGCACUUUUACACGUAAAUUUUAUACUUCUUUCAACUUUAAAAACGCAAGUAUCUCGUUAUUGAUUCGCACGUAUGUUUUUUUUUUUUUUUUAGACUUUGACGGCUGUAAUGUUUUGUAUAGUAUUAUUUAUGAUAAUUUUAUUAAUGAGAAGAAAAUACAUUACAUCAUAUUCUAAUUUGCAGUAAGUCAUGUCCGGAGCUUUCAAAACUUGUAAAGUGCUUGUUAUUUUGUUCUCAAUAUUUUGUCAACUUAGAUUAUUCAUUUUUAUUCCUCGUGAUCCUUAGAUGUAUUCUACUCUCUGUUUAUGUAUUACGGUUCUAGAGACGGACUAAUCAGUCCGGAGAGUAUCAAGAGGUUCGUUGACUUCUGUAUAGCUAUCUAACAACAUAGGGAAAAAAGACAUUUUUACAGGUUAUGAAAGUAGCCAUAAUACUUUCUGGACUGGCCUCGUGAUUAAUCUUCUAUUCCUUAAAUCGAGGUAUUCAAAUACAAAAAAAUCUGAGUGUCAUCGAUGUCAUUUUGACCUUUUAUUUUUCUUGAUAAACUUCAAUGUUUUUAAGAGAUUAUUAUACUCAUGAGAGUCUUGCGACAAGAAUACCUGGGCUCGUCGGUAAAGUUUGGUAGCGUAAUGUCAUUAGAAGGAUUCACAAGUUUGCUCUCUGUGUUUCCCGCGAACAUUUUUCCAUUUCCCUGUGCAUUUGGAGAUUUAGAGCCUUAUAUAUUUUGUUCCUCUCUUGCUUAGAGCCCCGAACAGUCACGAAGAACACAGUUUUUGUGUCUCCUUUUUUGGUCUCUAGUUAUACCCAACAUUUUUAAGCACAAACACUCCCCUGUUUCCCAUGGCUCGGCCAUCUCAAAUCUGAUGGAACUUUGAAAGAAUAAACUUUCUAUAGGCUUGAAUUUUGCCGCUGAAAACAUAUAAACUGUUCCUUCCAUUGCCUUGAAAGGGAUUUGUCAGGUAUAGCAAACGCUUUCCCAGCUCUCUCGGAGAAUUUCGUUUAGGCCUUAAGAGGAAAGAAAGGAACAUCAGUGACAGAUAUUCGAAUGCAUAUAGACUUUGAUAUUGAAAAGGUUCAGGAUGAAAUAAAAGAAAAUCACAAAAGUUAUUUCGACGAUUAAAAACUCCUGCAGCUUCCGUAAACAAACGAUUCGAAUGCUGUCGUACACAAAUAAGUUGGGUACCUAAGUACCACCCUCUUUGAAUGUGAAUUCUCAAUGUAAGGUAAACUGUACCUUAUCAUGGAUUAAGAUUUGAGCUCUUUAAGAGUGCUUGUUUGAGUUAAGUCCAUGGCAUUGUUUUUUUUUUUUCCUUUAGUGUAUUUAUCCUUUGGUACUUCAUAUAAGUAUCAAGUUGUGAUUAACUUUUUUGCUCAGUAUUUUUAUUCUCCGAUAAUUUAGUGGCUAGUUAUUUGCAAAAUUUGACAAAGUAUUUGUUGAUUCAUUACUUUUUAUGUCAGUUUUUAUAUUGUUAUCUUUUCUCAUUUCUUAUUUUUUGUUUUUAUCCGUCUACCUGCCUGCCUGCCUGCCUGCCUGCCUGUCUAUCUAUUUGAUCGACCAUCUUCCUUCCAGUUCCUUUAUUCCUCCUUAUUCUCCUCCUCCUCUCCCCCUCUUUCUCUAUAACUUGUUUACCUCCUUCAUUCAUCGUUUCAGUUAACUAUAGCUGCAUACAUCAUGACUAGAGGUAUAUUUUGUGCAGUAUUUGCUUCAUGUGUAAAUAUUGUGGUUGUGAAAUUAUGUGAGAUUGUAUACCUGUGCUAUACAUAAGAUUAGUUUUACUUCGAAUCAAACUUGCAAACUAGAUUUUUAUGACUUUUUUCUUCCUUUUUUAAUAUAUCGAAUUUAUGACUCAUGCCAAA